AUGAACUUCACAUUCUUCUACCCUUUUGCAACUCGUGUUUGGGCUCUUGUCUUGGCUAUAUCCAAACCGUCGACCUCUAUUUCCACAAUCCUGUCUCUGUUUUUUCAAGAGCUUCGGCGUGUGACUGCCCUUCCCCCUACAUGUGUUUCCUCUACGUCUCUGUUCCCCUGGGUCCUAUGGAAUCUCUGGACAACACAAGACGGUGUCUCCAAGUUUGAGGUAGGCCCUCCUCUAAACCUUCCUCAUGUAAUUCCUCCCUCUCCCCUCCGUUGUUAUGUGGAUGCUGCUUGCGAUAAGGAUUCGGAAAAUUCAGGACUCGGAUGGGUCAUAAAGGAUGUUUCAGACUCCUUGGUAUGCCACAAGUCUUUAUACUGUUGUUUUUUAGCUUCUGCACUAAUUGCAGAGUCUCUCGCGGUAAAAGCUGCUCUUUCAGACGCAUUUAUGUCAGGUAUUACAGAGCUGGACGUUUAUCCAUACUCAAAGAACCUGGUCUCCUAUCUCACGGACAAUGGCACCUCCAUUAAGCUGCAAGGUGUCCUCUAUGACACCAGUGUGUUGAGUCGAUCCUUCACUGCUAUCUGUUUUUCUUUUUUUCCCUGUUGUAAUAAUACUCUGGCCGAUUCUGUAGCUAAAUUGGUGUUGUUAUCUUUGCAAAUGGCUCCUCCAGUUAUGGAGUAA